AUGGCGCUACGGCUCUGGCGUGGCCCUGACAUGCUCUGGAACUGGAACACCGUCGGCGCCUGCUUCAUCGCGCGAUCCUGGCGCAUCACCUCGCGCGGCGUCUUUGCCGGCUCCUGCAUUGGCGUCGUCUUGCUGACCAUGUCGCUCCUGAUGCUCCGCCGUGCCGGCCGCGAGUAUGACCGCUACCUCGUGCGCCAGCACCGCGCCGCGAACGGUGCGGACAGCAGCAAGGUGGGCGACAAGCCCGACCCAAGCCACCAGGCAAGCCAAGCGAGCCCGCUGAGCCCCAUGGUCACCAACACCGAGUGUGGCCCGUGUGCGCCCGCCUUCCGGCCCAGCGUCCUGCAACAAAUGAUCCGCUCGGUCCUCUUCGUCUUGCAGUUUGGCGUGGGCUACUUUGUCAUGCUGCUGGCCAUGUACUACAACGGCUACUUUAUCAUUUGCAUUCUCAUCGGCGCCUUUCUCGGCAGCUUCGUCUUCAACUGGGAGCCCAUUGGCGAGUGA